GAGGAAAAUGAGAUGAUUUUUUUAAAAAUAGACUAAAAGGAGAGAGAAGGAUCUCAUUGAAACACAUUAAUACAAUGAUGAAGACUACGGUAUAUGUGAUUGUGAUGAUCCAACUUGAAUGAGAAUAUUUGAGAUGGGCUGCAUAAUAAUAGCCCGUUGGAGAUUACAAGUUGAAGGAGAAUAAGAGACAUUCGGAGAGAAAAAGUGGGCGGCGCCAUCAAAAAGUCAUGUCGGCUGCGCAUUGACCGUAGACUACUUUUAUUAAAAAGAAAAAAUGGAAAACGACGACAACCGCAACGAUCUUGCAUUUGGGAAAGUGAGUGAAGAAUGUAGAGAAACUCACGAACUUUCUUUCGAUGAUGAUUUUUCACCGACGAGUAGUAAUAUUGCCAGUUUAAACAACCAAAGUCAAGAAAAGGAAACAUGGCAAGCAGACGGUUACUUACAGUCUUUAGAGGGAAAGCUAGAAAGGCUUAAAGGGAAAACAAGCACAGGUCAAGCAUCCAACAAGAAAAUAACUUCCAGAGAUAUGCUCAGAACUCUCAAUGAGGCCAGACACGAUUCCGCCAGACAUCUCAUCUCCUCUGACUCUGCUCAUGACUUCCAUGAUAGUGACUGUGAUGCAAGCGGCGAUCCUCAGGUAGCAGCCUUGACGAGAAGGAUGUUCCCUGAACAAGCUUUAUCAGCUGAAGAGCUGCAAGAGUUAUUGAGGAGAGACUUCUUACAAGCAGUAACUCAAGAAGCUGCCGAGGAGCAAACCGAUGAGGAGACUUCUGGAAGCAGAUGAUACCGAGACAAUGAUUUACCCCAUUAAAAAGGAGAAUCUAGUGAUAGACUGGAGAUAAUACCUCAAUCUACUUCUGUCCUAAGUGCAUGAAUAAAUUGUUAAAUGGAGUCGAUGAACAUUCUCAACUAAGGAGCAUUUUUGUAUCCAUUACUGGCAGAAGCUACAAGAUUAAACAAAAAGAGUGACUGCUCAAUUCAGUGACAUAGCAUAGGCAAUGCAAACAAUGAUUGGUGAUUGAUUGUGAUGUUAGUCUCAUACAGCGUAUUACAACAGGACAUGAGAACAAGAGCAAGUUAUUAGAUCAAGCAUGUUUCCAGAAACACAUGAGAAGCCAUAGUCUUACAGUGCAAACUAUGUUUUACAAGUAAUACGUGUGUAAACAGAAUCAUGCACAUACUUGUAAUGUUUUUGCCCAUUUUUGGGUGAAUGUAUUGAGGAUGAAAUAUCUUCAUGGUCAACACACUCUCCAUAGAUCUUCAAAUUUCAAUCACAACUACUGUAAAGGCAUGUAAAACAUUUUAAGAGCAAUAAUGGAGGCGUGAUGGCUCAGUGGUAGAGCAGUUUGUUUCGUCAAGCCGGGAGGUCCUGGGUGCGACCCAAGUCAAUAUAUCAGUGACCUCUAGUAAGGCAUUAUUCCUCAUUACCAAGUCCCUUGAAGAGGAUGUAAAGCUGUCGGUCCCCUGGUUGCUUCCUUACAAGCACAUGCUUUCUUAACAGUCAGGUAAACAAAAAACAAAACACCAAACAAUCGUAUAAUAGUAUUUAUAAAAGUCACAAAAGAAUCAUACUAUGGCUUGUAGUUUAACAGGUGUCGAAAUAUAUUUUGUGUGUGUUUGUUGUGGGCUUGAUUCCCAUGAUGAGCCAUGCUGAAAACGUUUUGUCACAAAUAAUUUAUUAUAGAAGGGAAGAGGGACCGAUAGAUACUCGUGAACAUUUUGUCGGAUUCCAAAAGGAUUUGAAAAGUGAUGAAGUCUGAUAUGCAGGGAGGUACAUGUAUCUUCCCCAGAACUACAUUUUAUAGAUUAAGGAUAUACAUGUAUUUUAAACACAGAAAUGAUAAAUAUUUCUUGGUAAUGUUUAAUGUAAUAUGACUUCCAUGAUGAAUCAUUCCUGGUUAUUUGUCACUGAAUGGGUUAGUUCUGUAUUCUACCUAAGACUCUGUAUUACACUUCAUAUAGGAUUUAUCCCAUUCACCCCAUUCUCUCUUCACAUUCUCUCUCUCUCUCUAUCUCAUUAUGUCUCCCUCUCUUUUUCUUACUUUUUGUUUUACUUUCCUCCCAACAUUCCAUACCAUGAAUAUAAUACCAUAUGAAAUGAGAAAUAAAUCAUUGAUAUUUGAUGGUUUCAAUUUAUUAGCAAUAAAAAUCUAUAUGAUACACAUUCAAAAAUU